AUGGCGAUGAUCACAGUCCUCGGCGUACCGUAUACCGCAGCGCACUCUGAUCGCUUUCUCCAAUUCGACGGGUAUGCUGUACAAGGCAGUGUUCAAAGGCCCGUGCUCGUCUUUGUCCACGGUGGUGCUUGGCGUUCGGAAGACAAGGCAGACCAUGCAGCUCUAGCCCAAUCUCUCGCUCUAGCCACGAAUUGCCCAGUCCUGGUCCCAAACUACAGGCUCACAUCGAAGACGAUCAGCGACUUGCGCCAUCCUGCUCAUGCCCAGGAUAUCCUUCAUUUCCUAGAGUUUCUUCUAGACUGGAGGCCCCUUGAAUUCCCUGAACUUGCCGCUGCAAUGGAUCCGAAAAAUCUAUACCUUAUCGGACACAGCUGUAGUGCGCAUAUGCUUGCUUCCAUCAUCCUCGACUCCGAUUUCGUUACGCCAACGCUUGCCCCGUCCGCCAAGCUACUAAAGGCAGUGAAGGCGGUCAUCUUCUCCGAGGGUAUCUACGAUCUCGACUCCCUGGUGGAACGCUUCCCAAAUUAUCGCGCUUGGUUUAUCGACGAAGCAUUUGGAGCCCAGUCUUCCUACUCCCAAUUCAACGUCAACCAAUAUCAACUACGCAAAGGGUUGGGUGAUGAUGGUCGCCCUGCGUCAUGGCUAAUUAUACAUUCCAAAGGGGACGACCUGAUUGACGUUGGCCAGAGCAAAGCCAUGCUAGCUCACCUUCGUCAACUCUACGCCGAGCAAGCUGAUACCUUCGUCCAUCACGAUUUGGACAGGCUCACUGCCGGACACGACGAUAUCCUGCGCGGCGACCAGGGAUAUGUAGACAUCGUAAAGUUGUUUUUACAGCGGGUGGAUACCAUGCUCCGAGAGCCUCAAUCAGUUGUCUAA